AUGCCUUCCUCUCCCAUUCCCCCACUUUCUCCUCUUUUCUCUCCCAUUCCCCCACUUUCUCCUCUUUUCUCCCCAUUCCCCCACUUUCUCCUCUUUUCUCUCCCAUUCCCCCACUUUCUCCUCUUUUCUCUCCCAUUCCCCCACUUUCUCCUCUUUUCUUUCCCAUUCACCCACAUUUCUCUCCAUUUCCCGAUUUUUCUCCUCUUUUCUCUCCAUCCUCUGACUUUUCACUCUCCAUUCCCUGACUCUCUUACUUUUCCUUCCCCUCCCUCUUUCCUUUCUGCUUUUCUUUUUCCUCUCUCUCUCGUCUCUUUCCCUUCGUCUCUCUCUUUCCCUUCGUCUCUCUCUCUUUCCCUUCGUCUCUCUCUCUUUCCCUUCGUCUCUCUCUCUUUCCCUUCGUCUCUCUCUCUUUCCCUUCCUCUCUCUCUCUUUCCCUUCCUCUCUCUCUCUUUCCCUUCCUCUCUCUCCUGUUCUUUCUCUCUUUCUUUCCCUUCCUCUCUCUCCUGUUCUUUCUCUCUCUCUUUCCCUUCCUCUCUCUCCUGUUCUUUCUCUCUCUUUCUUUUUUCUCUCGUUCCCUUUUUCUUUCUACCUCCCUUUCUUCAUUCUUCAGCACAAAUUUCCAUCAUCGUCACGAACCCGCAUAUCUGGAAUCUCAAAGCUUUGUUCUGGGAGCAGGUGCUCCCUCUUCCACUCCAACACUAG